AUGAGUGAGGUGUUCGAGGGCUACGAGCGGCAGUACUGCGAGGCCUCCGCCUCGCUCUCCCGCAAGUGCACCGCUGCCUCCGCCCUCGAUGGAGAGAAGAAGAAGCAGAAGCUGUCCGAGAUCCAAUCCGGCAUCGAGGAAGCUGAAUCGCUGAUUCGGAAGAUGGACCUGGAGGCAAGGAGCCUACAGCCUAGCAUUAAGGCUGGUUUGCUUGCAAAGCUGAGGGAGUAUAAAUCUGACCUUAACAAUGUCAAGAGUGAGCUUAAGAGGAUAUCAGCGCCCAAUGCCAGGCAGGCUACCCGGGAGGAGCUCCUGGAGUCUGGAAUGGCUGAUACUCUCGCGGGCACUUCUUAUAGAUUGCAUCAGAGCAAAAGUGUCAUGGGUCCAAUGUCUGUGAGCUAG